CCUGCACCCCCCACCAAACAGGACUUGCCCCAGAUACUGCCUGCUGCCCAUGCAAUCUCUCCACUGAUUCCUUGACAGUUCUGGUAAAGACAGCUGGUGUCAGCAGAUCCCCUUCUAGCAGGAAUUGGACUGUUGCCUGAGGAGAGGAUACAGGUCCCAUCGGGAUAAAGAGAAGCAGGAGAAUGAUCACAGUCUCUGGAUUAAGUCAACUUCAGCUUCUCUUCGAGGGAUUCUUGAGGAUCAGAGAAUAUCACUGGGAGCAUUUAGUAAGGGAAGGACAUUUCAGAACGCCUUGGACCUGCCCGGUACAUUAUGUCAGCUGUCAAUGACACAAAAUUAAAAACUGUAAUAUUCCUUCUCUCCGGGCUACCGAGUCAUGGAGACACACAUCUCUGGAUUUCUAUCCCCUUCUGCUUCAUGUAUGUUAUUUCAAUAAUAGGAAAUUCAGUUAUUCUGUUCACUGUAAAAAGAGAUCCAAGCCUCAAUGAGCCCAUGUAUAUUUUCAUUUCCAUGUUGGCCGUCACAGACCUUGGCAUAUCGAUAACCACCAUACCGACGAUAAUGGGCAUAUAUUUGUUUAAAUCUAGGGAGAUCAGCCUCAAUGCCUGUUUAGCCCAACUGUUCUUUAUCCACUUGCUUCAAUGCAUUGAAUCCUCUGUGCUUUUGUUGAUGGCCUUUGACCGCUUCAUCGCUAUUCAUAACCCACUGAGAUAUUCUACCAUCUUAACCCCACCGAGAAUAGCCAAGAUGGGACUUGUGGCUGUGCUAAGAGCGAUGGUCAUAAAACUUCCACUUCCCUUUCUCCUGAAACGGUUCCAAUACUGUCGAGCCAAUGUCCUCUCCCAUUCCUACUGCCUGCACCAGGAGGUCAUGAAGAUGGCUUGUUCAGAUAUCACAGUCAACAGCAUCUAUGGAUUGUUUACUAAACUCAUAACAAUGGGGUUGGACUCGCUGCUCAUCUUCCUCUCUUAUGUGAUGAUCCUCAAAACAGUGCUGAGCAUUGCAUCCUACAAGGAGUCCCUGAGGGCCCUGAACACCUGCGUCUCCCACUUCUGCACCCUCCUGCUCUUCUACACACCAGAGAUCAGCUUGUCUCUGAUACACAGAUUCGGGGAGGGCUCUUUUCCGUUAUUUCAGAUUCUCAUAGGCUACAUCUCCCUGCUUCUCCCACCGAUGAUAAAUCCAAUUGUGUACAGUAUGAAAAGCAAACACCUUCGUGUAAGGAUAAUCAGGAUGUUCAUCAAGUGA